AUGUGCCUGUUUCUUCCUGUCCUAAGUUCGGAGUCAGCGCCCCCUGUGGUCCGGAAGGGAAGUGACGUUGUUGCUGGGAAGAUGGCGACCGCGGCGACUAUCCCAUCGGUAGCCACGGCCACGGCAGCGGCUCUCGGCGAGGUGGAGGAUGAAGGGCUCCUGGCGUCGCUGUUCCGGGACCGCUUCCCCGAGGCCCAGUGGCGCGAGCGGCCCGAUGUGGGCCGCUACCUCCGGGAGUUGAGCGGCUCGGGGCUGGAGCGGCUGCGGCGCGAGCCCGAGCGCCUGGCGGAGGAGCGGGCGCAGCUGCUGCAGCAGACGCGCGACUUGGCCUUCGCUAACUACAAGACCUUCAUCCGCGGCGCCGAGUGCACCGAGCGCAUCCACCGCCUGUUUGGCGACGUGGAGGCGUCGCUCAGCCGCCUGCUCGACCGCUUGCCCAGCUUCCAGCAGAGCUGCAGGAACUUUGUGAAGGAAGCCGAGGAGAUCAGCUCCAACCGCCGGAUGAAUAGCCUGACCCUAAACCGGCACACAGAAAUUUUGGAAAUACUGGAGAUUCCUCAGCUCAUGGACACCUGUGUCCGGAACAGUUAUUAUGAAGAGGCCCUGGAGCUUGCAGCCUACGUACGCCGACUGGAGAGGAAAUACUCUUCCAUCCCUGUCAUCCAGGGCAUCGUGAACGAAGUGCGCCAGUCCAUGCAGCUGAUGCUUAGCCAGCUGAUCCAGCAACUGAGGACCAACAUCCAGCUUCCCGCCUGCCUCCGUGUCAUUGGCUACCUGCGGCGCAUGGACGUCUUCACUGAGGCUGAGUUGAGGGUGAAGUUUCUUCAGGCCCGAGAUGCUUGGCUCCGGUCCAUCCUGACUGCCAUUCCUAAUGAUGAUCCCUAUUUCCAUAUUACAAAAACCAUCGAGGCCUCCCGUGUCCAUCUCUUUGAUAUCAUCACCCAGUACCGUGCCAUCUUCUCAGACGAGGACCCACUGCUGCCCCCUGCCAUGGGUGAGCACACUGUGAAUGAGAGUGCCAUCUUCCAUGGCUGGGUGCUACAGAAAGUCUCACAGUUCCUGCAGGUGCUGGAGACCGACCUUUACCGGGGCAUAGGCGGCCGCCUGGACUCUCUGCUGGGCCAGUGCAUGUACUUUGGGCUGUCCUUCAGCCGGGUGGGAGCUGAUUUCCGGGGUCAAUUGGCUCCUGUUUUCCAGCGGGUGGCCAUCAGCACUUUCCAGAAAGCAAUUCAGGAAACAGUGGAGAAAUUCCAGGAAGAAAUGAACUCCUACAUGCUCAUCUCAGCUCCAGCCAUCCUGGGCACCAGUAACAUGCCUGCUGCUGUGCCAGCCACCCAGCCGGGGACGCUGCAGCCACCCAUGGUGCUCCUAGAUUUCCCACCCCUCGCCUGCUUCCUCAACAAUAUUCUGGUUGCCUUCAAUGAUCUGCGCCUCUGCUGCCCUGUGGCCCUGGCGCAGGAUGUGACUGGGGUCUUGGAAGAUGCCCUUGCCAAGGUAACUAAAAUAAUCCUGGCCUUCCAUCGCGCUGAAGAGGCUGCCUUCAGCAGCGGGGAGCAAGAGCUCUUCGUCCAGUUCUGCACUGUCUUCCUGGAAGACCUUGUUCCGUAUUUAAAUCGCUGUCUCCAAGUCCUUUUUCCACCAGCUCAGAUAGCACAGACUUUAGGCAUUCCUCCCACUCAGCUCUCCAAGUACGGUAACCUAGGGCAUGUGAACAUCGGCGCCAUUCAGGAGCCCCUCGCCUUUAUCCUGCCAAAGAGAGAGACGCUUUUCACCCUGGAUGACCAGGCGCUGGGGCCCGAGCUCACAGCUGCAGCACCAGAGCCUCCCGCCGAGGAGCCACGCCUGGAGCCCGCGGGCCCAGCCUGCCCGGAGGGAGGGCGAGCGGAGACACAGGCGGAACCGCCCAGCGUGGGGCCCUAGCCGGCGUCCCCUGCCUCCAGAACGCGGUGCGUGAGGUUCCCGGCGCGGGGUGGCCAGGACUGCCUCGCCCUGGAAGGUCCAGGCCGGGUUCGGGAGGCGGCAAGGCGCUCCCGGGAGGAGAGCGGAAGGGGGCGGUGCUCACUGCCAGUCUAGGCAGGAAGGCGGGGAUCCAGUCGCGGCUUUGUUGUGCGCUGGCCGACGGCGCUUCCCGGCGUGCCCCGCGCUGCGGCCGGAAGGGGCGGGCCGGGUCACUGUUGCGGGGGCCGCCAUGGCCCGGCUGUGGGGCGCGCUGAGUCUUCGGCCACUGUGGGCUGCCGUGCCGUGGGGCGGGGCGGCAGCCGUCGGUGCCCGGGCUUGCAGCUCCGCGGCCGCCCCGGACGGCGUCGAGGGCCCGGCGCUCCGGCGCUCCUAUUGGCGCCACCUGAGGCGUCUGGUGCUGGGUCCUCUGGAACCGCCGUUCUCGCACGUGUGCCAAGUCGGGGACCCGGUGCUGCGCGGCGUGGCGGCCCCGGUGGAGCGGGCGCAGCUAGGCGGGCCCGAGCUGCAGCGGCUGACGCAACGGCUGGUCCAGGUGAUGCGGCGGCGGCGCUGCGUGGGCCUAAGCGCGCCGCAGCUGGGGGUGCCGCGGCAGGUGCUGGCGCUGGAGCUCCCCGAGGCGCUGUGUCGGGAGUGCUCGCCCCGCCAGCGCGCGCUCCGCCAGAUGGAGCCCUUCCCCCUGCGCGUGUUCGUGAACCCCAGCCUGCGAGUGCUUGACAGCCGCCUGGUCACCUUUCCCGAGGGCUGCGAGAGCGUCGCCGGCUUCCUGGCCUGCGUGCCCCGCUUCCAGGCGGUGCAGAUCUCAGGUGCGGGCGGCGGGGACCGGGGCGGCUGGAGCGGCGCGCGCGUCUUUUCCGCCCGACUCCGGCGAGAGCGCAGAAGUGGUCGCGGUUCAUACGCCGGACCUCCCGCAGGAGCGAAGUGGGAUGCGGGAGCGGAGAGGCCUCAGGACGGAUAGAAGCUCCUGUGGGGCAGAGCCCGCUCAGAUAGGACGCAGGGGCGAGGAGAGGUCCCCCAAUUCCGCUGUUACCUGACAGCCUGGCGUCUGCUUUCUGCUCCCUUGCUCUCUGAGGCAAACACCCUCUUCGGCCCCAGUUAGAUCGCCACGGUGGAGGUGGAGAAGUGGGGGUUAGCCCCCCAGCCUGACCCAGCCCAGGGGGCUAGGCCAUUCCCCCCGUGGUACCACAGGAUGCCUCGCGGAAUGCGGGCUCUGCUGGGGUCGGGGUGAUUGUUCCUGCAGAGCAAGCCCGUCGGUUCAAGAGGGUCAGAAAAACAAGUGGGGCCUCAAGCUGCAGAACCUCUGUUAGGCGUUGGUAGCCCACAGGUACCUCAGAAGUGGGAGGAGUGUUCGGAAGGGUCGCACCGUAGAAAGAUGAUUUCUCAUCUCAGCUCUACAGUGAGCUGGAUAACCUAAUUACCAGAGUUGGGAACCAGGUUGAACGCUUGGUAAUGGACCGAGAUGAGGCACGUUUUCCAGUUAGAAAAGGAGCUGCUGUCUACAUUUGCCAUCUGCUGUUGCCUCUUGUCAAUGGGAACAGCCGGGACCGGGGGCAGGGGUAGGGAGGUUGAGGAUGAUGCAGUUCAGCUGUUCCCACUCACCAGGGCUGUAACUUCCUUUGCAGGGCUGGACCCCAAUGGAGAACAGGUGGUGUGGCAGGCGAGAGGGUGGGCAGCCCGCAUCAUCCAGCACGAGAUGGACCACCUGCAGGGCUGCCUGUUUAUUGACAAAAUGGACAGCAGGACGUUCACAAACGUCUACUGGAUGAAGGUGAAUGACUAAAGCUUUGCUAUUGGGGCUGAGGAUUCCGGAUACCAAGACGCAAACACUUUCACUUUGAGCUGGGCACAUCUUACUUGGCAUCAACUUGGAUGGCUCGCAUAUGACAGGAAACUGGAUUGCCUAGACAUGGCAGACUGAGCUGGAGGAAGAUGUCAGAAAUGUUUACCCUGAAAUCAGUUACGGACGAAAUGUUGGCUACAACUUGAGGAGAAAAAUCACCCCCAAAGGAGUGGACAUUUCCUAACAAUUCUGUAUGGAGGAAGGUGGGGUAAUUGCAUCCGUCUGCAGUAGACACGAGUUCCUCGGACCUGUAUAAUCUCCCAAAGCCAAGGUUUAGUAAUAAUGUAGUCCCCAAAUACCUGAAAGCUGUCUUUAAAAAUGCAGGUAAGCAUGUGACUGGCCAUUUGUGCCGAGUUCUUAUUUUUACGGAGGGCUUGUGGCCUUAGACGCCAGUUUGCUUAUGGAAAUGAAACAGAAUAGUCCCUGUUCAAGGAUGUGUUUCAUGACAGCACGAGUGUAAAUAGGUGUCCACACAUUUUAACAGCCUUGGGCAGGAUUUUGCUGCUGAGAUCCCUAGAGCAGCUGGUUCUUGGCUCAUUCUUGGGGUAGAGGCCGUGGAUCAGGGCUGGGGGCAGGGGUGACAAUUGAGAAGUGCACUGAGCCCUUUCCUGUUAACAAUUGGGACAUAGCAGGAUUAGUACUUCCUGGUUAUACACUUAUUUUGUAAAAAUAGAAUUAAUAUCACAGCAACCAAUGUGUAGGUUUAAGAAAGUGGCCAGGUGCAGUGGUUCACGCCUGUAAUCCCAGCACUUUGGGAGGGCGGGGCGGGUGGAUCACGAGGUCAGGAGUUCAAGACCAGCCUGGCCAAGAUGGUGAAACCCUGUCUCUACUAAAGAUACAAAAAUUAGCCGGGCGUGGUGGCGAGCACCUGUAAUCCCAGGUACUUGUGAAGCCAAGGCAGAGAAUUGCUUGAACCCAGGAGGCGGAGGUACAGUGAGCCGAGAUCACGCCACUGCACUCCAUCCAGCCUGGGCGACAGAGCAAGACUCAGAAGUAUGAUUCUGGCUGUAGAGUUUUCUUUUUUUCUCUGUCUCAAAAAAAGUGUCAGCUUUGUCAAAAGGUGAAGGAACUGAUUUUAUUUAUUCUUUUAUUUUUUUUUUUAAGAUAGAGAUGGGGGUCUUACUGUGUUGCCCAGGCUGGCCUCAAAUUCCUGGUCUCAGGCAAUCCUCCUGCCUCGGCCUCCCAAAGUGCUGGGAUCACAGUUGUGAGCCACACUACCCAGCCAAACUCCAGUUUUAGUUAAACUGUUUCACCUCAUUUUUAUGCUGAGUUUUGUAAAGUAGGUAUUCUUGCUAAACAGAGUCCUGAAAAUCAAACUAUACAAGUAGUAGGAAGUCCAGUAAGCUGUUUAGAGGAAAAAGUGUUAUAAAUGGCAGUUAAAUGAACCCAGGAAAGACCCGUCCUCCUUUGUGGCUUUCUCUGAGGCCCCAUGAGGCCAAGCCAGAAGCAAACUGGCUCUAGGUGUAGCCAGACUUUGAAAAUGAAUCCCGGCCAGGCUUGGUGGCUCAUGCCUGUAAUCCCAGCACUUUGGGAGGUCAAGGCAGGCAGAUCACCUGAGGUCAGGAGUUCAAGACCAGCCUGGCCAACAUGGCAAAACCCUGUUUCUACUAAAAAUAUGAAAAUUAGCUGGGUGUGCUGGUAGGCGCCUGUAAUCACCGCUACUUGGGAGGCUGAGGCGGGAGAAUCGCUCAAACCUGGGAGGCAGAGGUUGCAGUGGGCUGAGAUCUCGCCACUGUACUCCAGCCUGGGCGACAGAGCAAGGCUCUGUCUCAAAAAAAAAAAAAAAAGGAAUCCCAACCAGAUACUGGUGCAAGGUCAGAGACGCAGCCAAUGGGGAGAUUUGUAGAAAGCUCAUAGAUGCUGAAAACAUGGGUCUUUAGGAAAAUUAUAAUUCAGUUGAGCCUCCUUUCAUUUGGACAAUGUUCAGAAGCUCUUACAGGGGGCUAUGGCGAUCUUUUGAUGCUUCUUAUAGUCUUCUGAGGUUAACGCUUUUGUGGUGGGCAUCGGUAGCAAUAAAAUGCAAACUUUAUUGCA